UUUUCGCGUCGGUUUGUAUGCAUUUCUCCUUUGUACAGGCACCAACAUGUGUGAUAUAAGCAUGAAAACACGGUCGCCAUGCGAUUUUAAUCCGCGAUUUACCGUCGGCACCCACGCAACUUCCAUAUCUACGUCGCAGCGUUGUGGAGCUAUUCAAUGACAACAUUCAACAUCAAUGAAGCACUAUGCAUCCAAAGCAUACCUCCUGUGCAAGAGCUCUUGUGAGCUCUCGACGGUUCUUAUGAUGAUGAUGCUUCGAUCGGAUGGUAACAAAGUGCAAAGGAUGUUGCCACCGAUUAUACUCUGCCUAUCAUCUCUUCAAGAUUCUCGCGCUCUUCCUGCUGGCCGUUUUAACCACGGCUUCACCCAUUGCAAUUCCCACUACUGGGGGUGUCUCGGUCCCGACCACUAUCCCUAGCGACGUCUCAAUCGCUAUCCCAGCCAGUACUUCGGACGAUGUCCCCAACGACGUGUCAACUGAGGUCAACUGCUAUCGCUGUGUAUACAUCAACCUGUUCUGUAAGGAAAUUGGCCUCACUGAGGACCAAUGCUUCCAAUUGCGAUGCAAAGAUCCCGACUGCUAUCGAUGUCGUAGUAGUUGCCGCGCUAACCAGCAACUCAAUGGCUCCGACUCUGCUACUGCCGGCAAUGUCGUUGCCGAGAGCUCUUCGACUUCUAUGGCUCCAGUAACGAAGCGCGAGGAAGCAAAGCGGUGCUUCUGGGUCUGUAUUCAUACAUACUGCACGCGCCAGUGUAUCGGCGACGACGCCGUUGCAGCUCUCAGGGCCAAUAGCGCGCUCGUCAUCGACGAAGCCGAUAUGAAAACCGACACCACUAUCUCCGUCUCUUCGAGCCAUGCGCAACUAAAGAACCAUUUCCUCUACCAUUGUGACUGGACCUCUGGUAUAUGCUGGACUGACCCUGUUCUUCAAGCUGUAGCUGGGAGCGAAAUCAGCAUCGAGGAAAUUCCGGACAUCCCAACCAAGGUCUGUCGCGAGUGCCACUGGGAAUGCAUGUUUGGCCAGUGUUGGGCUGUCUGUCUUCCGACAACGGCUGUCGGCUCCGCCGAUGCCGAUGCCGAUGCCGAUGCCAAUGCCGUUAUGGGAUUGUCCUCUCUCAAAUACCGCUGGGAGUGCUACUUCGGCCAGUGCUAUGCACGCUGCGUUCCAUCAGCCAAAGGAGAGGGGGCCCAGAAGCGCGGUACAUUACCUCCACCCUGUCAUGAACGUUGUGACGACGACAAGUGCUGGAUUGUCUCUCCCCGUCCACCGAUAGAGUAGGAUAACGUUUGUGUAUGUCCAUUCUAAGAAGUGUUCAAGUACGACUAUCAGCGGAACGAGAGCUGAUGAAAGCUCAGAAAUGCAGUUACGUAGGACAAAGUGUCUGGGGAAUCUGGAGGCCUUGUACCAGUAAUGUGGAGGUACAGAUUAAAGCUUCUUAUAAUAGUAAUGAAAUUCGGGUGAUUACUUUAUG